UCAUAUGAUUGACUCUUGGACUGUUUUCCCCUCGAGUGAACUGAAAUAAUAACUAGAGGAGUUCUUGGAGAACUACUUAAUACUCGAUUCUUUAAUAUUUUGAAUAGAGAUAUAAUAGUUAAGUACGGAACAGAUGUGUACUGACACGUUUUGACGAGAGAUAUGGAUCAGGGGAAACAGGUCAAAACAGAAACUCUCCUCGACUCGCUUGUGCGGCAGUUGUCGGUGUAUGCAGUCGCCGCCAUGGGUUUAUUUCUCAUAGCAAAAGAAUACUUCAGCGGUUCGCUCAUUGUCUGCCAACCAAUCAACAGGGGUGUUAAAACGAACCUGUCUUACAGCCAAUCACAGGCAGACUACGAUAAAGCUUACUGUUUGAUGUCAAUGAUAGAUUUCCGGGAAAACCUGAUCAUUGCAUCAGGAAGUGAACCUAACACAAUCCCUGGGGUCACCAUAAUGGGAAUCAAGUCAGAGGAAGAAAAGAUCAUUUAUCAGAAUUAUCUUCCAUUUGCUUUAGUCAUUCAAGCCGCUCUAUGCUGCAUUCCAAUCAUUUUAUGGCACAUUUGGGCUUCCGAUAUUCUUCGUACCUGCAUAAGAUUUGUGGUUGAUAGCUCAAGUAAAAUUUUCCCCGGAGUGGUCGAUUCAAGCCAUUCCUCGGUCAAAAAAGACCAAAGUUUUGAAUUACGCAUGGAGUAUCUGGGCGCUCAAGUUGAACUUUGGGAAGGACGGAAAUUCCUUCUUAGAGUUUACACUACAAAGCUUAUGCUAAGCCUUGGCAUCUUCAUCUUUAUAGUGACCUUUUAUGUAGCAUAUCCUCAACUGAAUUAUGCUAACUUCCAAGGGUAUUUUGUUUGUCACGUGCACAAGCAAACUUUGGUUACGUGUGUGUUUCCUGAUAUUGACCUCUUCAAGUUGGCGUGGAUUGUUAAUAUCGUUCUUGUCGACAUAUCUAUUGUGAUCGUAGUUCUCCAACUGUUAAACGUUGCGUUCUGUCUGCAACGAAAGAAAACGUUUUUUUCCUAUUUCAUGGGAAUAGAAGAGAGAAAAAUAUCCCUAAUACCAAACGAUUUACAUUUGAUCUCUCACUUUUGUUAUGAAAACGCCGGAGUAAUGUGUCCAAGUAUGAUGCACAGCUCUUUUAAUCUCAGAAAGACAAUGCAAACCCCACUUAUUUCACUUGGAAGUUCGGAGGAAGAGCUGCACUCCCCGAACUCAAGUUCAUCUCUUUCAUAUAGCACAGCACCUCAGCUUUUCAGACGACAAACUGCGGACUAAGAACUGAGGAUUCUAUAUUUCCCUGAGUAGCAAACAAACAAAUAUGGUCUCAGACUACACCUUCACAAAUAUGGUCUCAGUCGUUUUAGGGGUUAAUAACAAUAAAUCACCGGUUUUACAACAUAAACAGUAGCCUCUAUGAGCAAAAAAAGUAUUUCCCUUCUUCUGUAACAACCCCAAAACGUUCUCUCUUCUAGAGUUAGAUUUUAAAAGAAGACUUAUCGUAGUGAACAUAAUGUUUGAAAAUUGGGAAAUAUCACUUGGGUGAUAUCUUCGGAUACCCCCCAGUUUCAGCUGGAUGAUAUAGGGUCACAUGAUACGUUUAAACCAAUCGUGCGCGAGUAAUAAAAUAUUUGAUAGAUCAUAAAGAUAGUUAUUGAUUUGUCUUAUGAAAAAGAAAUUAAAGAUGUACCUAUGCGUCA